AUGCGCAGUCUUGACUGUCUAUCCACCGCACGACGGUUGCCGCAACAGAUACAACAGCGGUGGUUUAACAGCCAUCAUGCUUUACGUUUACCUCGUCACGGAGUACAGGCAAAAGAGAAAAAGGGAGCAUCGUCCCGAUCCAAUCGCUGGGGCAAUUUUCAACGACUGUCACCGUCUUCUUUAGCAACUGUUAAUGUCCGAGAGUGGGAACGAGCAUCGGUACCUGAUAAUAUAAUGAAACCUCCUUAUGCCGAAACCGGCUCGUCGUCGAAAUGGCAACCCGAUAUUCCUCUCAACUCAGCCGACGAUGCUCUUCAACUUGGACAAGCUUGCCAGUUAGCAAAGCAAAUAUUGCAACUGGGUGGCUCCAUGUGCAAGCCUGGUGUGACCACUGCCAGUAUCGAUGAAGCACUGCACAACGCCAUUAUUCGCCACGGCGCAUACCCCUCUCCGCUAAAUUAUAUGGGAUUCCCCAAGAGUGUUUGCACUUCAGUUAAUAAUGUCAUUGCUCACGGUAUUCCUGACAAUCGACCGCUGGAAAACGGCGAUAUCAUCAAUAUCGAUGUAACAGUGUAUUUAAAUGGGUUCCACGGUGAUACUUCGGCUACAUUUUAUGUGGGCGAUGUGGAUGAAAAAGGCAGAGCACUUGUGGAGUGCACUCGUGAAUCUCUGGAUAAAGCGAUUGCCAUCUGUGGACCUGGUGUCCCAAUGAAGGAAAUUGGACGCGUAAUAUGUGAACAUGCCCACAAACAUGGGUUCAGUGUCUCUGACGAGCUUUCGGGGCAUGGCAUCGGAAGGGAAUUUCACUGCUUGCCUCUAGUGUAUCAUCAUUUGAACCAUGAUGAAGGCGUGAUGCAACCAUCCAUGUCAUUCACCAUUGAACCUAUUCUGUGCGAAGGAUCUGCCAUAGGCAUCAUGUGGCCUGACCAAUGGACCAUAUCAACGGUGGAUGGUGGCCGCAGUGCCCAAUUUGAACACACAAUGAUUGUUACGGAUGACGGUGUGGAUGUGUUGACGGAAUAA